AUCCCAAGAGGAAACAGAUGAGGAGGAGGACCCCGUGGCCUUUUGGCCCAAUCUUAAUUUGGAUUUGGAGGGGCCGACCAUGGCGCAGGCCUUGGGGAGCGUGAGACAGCCGGCGGCUGCUCGCGGGGCCUCGUCUCUGGCAGCCGAGGUCAAAAGAUACGGGAGCGCAAAGCAGUGGCGUGCAGCUCUGGUGUGCUUUCGAGAUGCCCUGCAGGCGGGCACGCAAGCUGACGCAGUUGUUUACAACUGUGCUAUCAGCGCUUGUGGUAAAAGUGAGCAGUGGCAGCACGCGCUGGCAUUACUCGGCGAGUUCUGCCAAGGCGAAUUUGAGCCGAGCAUCAUCAACUACAACGCUGGCAUCAGCGCGUGCAGUAGAUGUGGACAGUGGCAACAUGCAUUAGAUUUGAUGCGCGGGCUUUGGGAACAAACCCUGAAGCUGGACGUCUUCAGCUACGGAGCUGGAGUCAGCGCUUGCGAGAAGGGCGGGCAGUGGCAGCGUGCGCUCUUGCUCUUGAGCGAGGUGGCGGAAGCCAAACUGGAGGCGAGCACCCUGAUUUAUAAUGCGGGCAUCAGCGCGUGCGGGCGAGAAGGGCAAUCCCAGCAGGCAUUAUCACUGUUGCGCGAACUGCAGGACGCGAAGCUCGAGCCAGACACAAUAUCGAGCUACAACGCUGGCAUCAGCGCGUGUGAGAAAGGUGGGCAGUGGCAGCACGCAGUGACCUUGCUGCGCGAGCUUCGGGACGAAGUUCUCGAGCCAGACAUAAUCAGCUACAGCGCUGGAAUCAGCGCCUGCGAGAAAGGUGGGCAGUGGCAGCGAGCGCUGUGGUUGCUGCGAGAGCUGACAGAGGUUAAACUGCAAGCGAAUAGGAUCAGCUACAACGCAGGGAUCAGCGCGUGCGGGAGAGGCGGCCAGUUGCAGCAGGCAUUGGUGUUGUUGCGCGAAAUCCAAGAGGCGAAGCUAGAGCUGAACACAAUCAGCUACAACUCUGCAAUUAGCGCGUGUGAGGAAGUCGGGAAUUGGCAGCAGGCGUUUUCAUUGAUGAGCGAGAUGUCGAGAAACGCAUUAAAACCGGACGACAUUAGUUUUAGCACUGGAAUUAGCACAUUCCAGAAAAGUGGUGAGUGGCAGCGGGCGCUAUCGCUGAUGCGCGAGAUGUUUGAAGCAGAAUUGCGGAUCGACGUCAUCAGCUACAGCGCUGGAAUCAGCGCCUGCGAGAAAGGCGGGCAGUGGCAGCAGGCGCUGUCGCUGAUGAGCGAAAUGGCGGAGGCGAAGCUGGAGCCCGACGUCGUCGGCCCUCGAGCGCUACGAUCAGCGCGUGCGAGAAGUGGGGGGAGUGGCAGCAAGCGUUGUCCUUGUUGUACGAGCUUCGCAGGGCUAAGCUGGAGCUCAACGUUGUCGGCUGCAGCGCUGCGAUAAGCGCGUGCGAGAAGAGCGGUCAGUGGCAGCAGGCUUUGACACUACUGCGCGAGUUACGGAGAACCCAAGUCCAGGCAGAUGGAGUCUGCUAUAACGCCGGAAUCAGCGCAUGCGAGAAAGGUGGUGGGCAGUGGCAGCAAGCGUUGUCGUUGCUACGCGAGCUCUGGGAGGUGGUGCUGGAGCCCGACGUCGUCAGCUACAGUGCUGCAAUCAGCUCGUGCGAGCAAGGCUGGCAAUGGCGGCAUGCGUUUUCGCUUCUCAGCGAAAUGCUGGAUGCGAGGGUUGACGCCAAUGUGGUCACCUUUGGAGCUGCAAUCAGCGUGUGUGCUAAGAGUGGGCAGAGUCGACAGGCAUUGCAUUUGUUGAGCCUGCUACGGGAGGCGAAGUCUGGACCCGAACACUGCCACCUACACUGCUGGAAUCAGCGCGUGCGCGACGCGAGGGGAGUGGCGGAAGGCGCUGUCAUUGCUGCGCGAGCUCCAGGAGUUGAGGGAGGCGCUUGACACGGGCAGCUACAGCGCUGCAAUCUCCGCUUGCGAGGAGGGCAGGGAAUGGCGGCGGGCGCUGGCACUGCUGAGCGAGAUGCGUGAGGUGAUCGUUGAAACGGGCGUUGCCAGCUACGGGGCUGCAACCAUGGCAUGCCUGAAGGGUGGACAGUGGCAAUUGUCUCUGUCGCUUCUGCAGAACAUCGGCCCAGAUCCCUUUACCUUCAGUGUGGGAGCCAACGCGUGCCAGAGGGGUGGCAAUUGCCGAAUGGUGGUGCCAUUGUUGAGGGAGCUAUGGUCGUCAGCAGUCGCAGUGCUGGAGCCCGUGCGUUCAAGGAAGCCAGUUGCUGCAGCAGAGGUUGCCGCGGCUAUGUUGCUCUAGGAGUUGAGCUUGGAGAUGCGAGACAACGGUGCAGAGUCACAAGCAGUUGAGGAGGAGAAGUCUGCGCUCGCUGUACAGCAAUACCCGCUCCAAUGUGCGAAGAUAUUGGAUGGUUCAAGGUCGUCUGCUUCACUUCUCGAAAGGGCUCAGGCUUGAAACUGUUCAAUGGCAGCCCAAGAACGGCUCGCUCUUAGAGCUGCCCGAUGGCGACCACCACGACUCGGCGCUUGCCGACAUCAUCGGCGCCCUCAAGGACCUCAAAUAUGGAGCCACGGCAAGCAGGGGACAACUCGUUAACAAUUGUGGUGGUGGCGACCUGGACCUGGGGCGACGGUCUCCAAUUCUUCAGACGCCAGCUUGGAGAGACGCAGACAGCUCGGCCGCGCGAAAGCCGCCUACCGCAACUGCUUCUCGCCAGGUCCCGCGAAUGGUUCUGGCGGUGUCCCAUGGUGUUGGCUAUUGGCGAGAUCUCACCAGACAGUACGAUUACCCGGACAAUUCCACAGCGGCUGGAAAGUUUGUGAUG